CCUAGGCAGGAACAGCCAGCGGCAUACCGAGGUGUCCGUGGCCAGCCAGCCACGGGGACGGCGACUGCCCCAGGUGGGGGACCGACAUUCCCAAGGGGGCGGGAGGGGGAAGGUCCAGAGGAAUUUAGGAGCGAGCGCGGGAAGAAGAGCCUCGUUAAGCUGUCUCCACGUCGCUGAGGUUUGGCGUUUCUUCUGGGACAAGGUUGCGCUCCUGGGCAAGUGUUCCCGUCAACUCCAGGGGACAGCCGAGAGUCCGCUGUCCCUUAAGACUUGCAGGAGUCAGACACUUGUCCAGAGCGCGCUGCGGACAUGGUGAACGAAGAACCCAACCCGGAGGAGGAGCGCAAUGACAGCCCCGCGCAGGAGCCCGCGUUCCAAGUGGACGCGAGCCACCCCAGCGUCUCCAUCCACCCCAGCGUCUCCAUCCACCCCAGCGUCUCCAUCCACCCCAGCGUCUCUGCCCAACCCAGCAGUUCGGCCCACCCUAGUACCUUUGCCCAGCCUAGCCAGCCCAGUACCUUGUGCCCCGAAGACAGCGUAAUCAAGGUGAGCAAACGGCGCUGGGCCGUGGUUCUGGUGUUCAGCUGCUACUCCAUGUGCAAUGCCUUUCAGUGGAUCCAGUACGGCUCCAUCAAUAACAUCUUCAUGACCUUCUACGGGGUCAGCGCCUUUGCCAUCGAUUGGCUGUCCAUGUGCUACAUGCUGACCUACAUCCCUCUGCUCCUGCCCGUGGCCUGGCUGCUGGAGAAGUUCGGCCUGCGCACUAUCGCCAUCACGGGCUCGGCUCUCAACUGCCUGGGGGCCUGGGUGAAGCUUGGCAGCCUGCAGCCUCACCUCUUCCCAGUCACCAUGUUGGGACAGGUCAUCUGCUCCGUGGCCCAGGUCUUCAUCCUGGGAAUGCCCUCCCGCAUCGCAUCCGUGUGGUUCGGGGCGAACGAGGUCUCCACGGCGUGCUCCGUGGCCGUGUUUGGCAAUCAGCUUGGAAUUGCAAUUGGGUUCUUGGUCCCUCCUGUUUUGGUGCCCAACAUCGAAGACAAAGACCAGCUUGCCUACCACAUCAGCAUCAUGUUCUACAUAAUAGGAGGUGUGGCCACUCUCCUUUUCAUCCUUGUCAUCAUUGUCUUCAAAGAGAAGCCCAAGUAUGCCCCCAGCAGGGCCCAGUCCUUGAGCUAUGCCUUGGCAGCCACCGAUUCUUCGUAUUUAAGUUCCAUCGCCCGGCUCUUCAAAAACCUCAACUUUGUGCUGCUGGUCAUCACGUAUGGUCUGAAUGCUGGAGCCUUUUAUGCCUUGUCCACUCUGCUGAAUCGCAUGGUGAUCUUGCACUACCCGGGGGAAGAAGUGAACGCUGGGAGAAUUGGACUGACCAUCGUCAUCGCAGGGAUGAUUGGGGCUAUGAUCUCAGGCAUCUGGCUGGAUAGGUCUAAAACCUACAAGGAGACCACCCUGGUGGUAUAUAUCAUGACUCUGGUGGGCAUGGUGGUGUACACCUUCACCUUGGACCUGAAACACCUGUGGAUUGUCUUCGUCACCGCGGGCACGCUUGGCUUCUUCAUGACUGGCUACCUGCCGCUGGGGUUUGAGUUUGCUGUGGAGCUUACGUAUCCAGAAUCCGAGGGCGUGUCGUCUGGACUUCUCAAUGUGUCUGCACAGGUAUUUGGGAUCAUCUUCACCAUCUCUCAAGGCCAGAUUAUUGACCACUAUGGAACCAUGCCUGGGAACAUCUUCCUGUGUGUGUUCCUUGCCCUUGGAGCAGUCCUUACUGCUUUCAUUAAGGCAGAUCUGCGAAGACAGAAGGCAAACAAGGAUCUUCCUGAGACUAAAGUGCCGGAAGAGGAGGAGGAGGAGAGCAACACCAGCAAGGCGCCCACUGUCUUGUCAGAGGAUCAUUUCUGAGGAGGAAGAGUAGCACCGACUCAGGGAACACAGACGCUCCCCUCCUGGUCCCCCCCGGCUCUCACUGGCAGCGCAAAGCUCUUCACUCCGGGAGCGGUUGGAGGGAAGCGGCUGCAACACCCGACGCUUGCAUGGAGUUGCCUGUGUCUCCUGGAACCCACUCAAGAGCUGGGAUGGCUUAGCCGGGGAAAAUCGCACCUUUCUCCAAAUGCCGAUGAGACUCCUGUCCUCCUCCCCUCCGAGGUGAAGGGCUGGUGCUGGGAGAGGCUGGUGGCAGUGAUGGAGCUGAUCCUGGCUUAGCUCCUUAACUCUUCCCAUCCCUUCUUCUCUCAUGGAGAACGCUUGCAAAAUUAUCACAAGAAAGCUUAUUUAGGAUAUUAACUUUUUCUAGUGUCUUAAGGCCCUCCCAUGAGGCCCAAUGAUUACUAAGAAGGGCAAGCUUUCUGCCUGCGACAUUCCCGGGUCACAAUGAAGAAGCAUGAUGGGAACGGCCUCCAGCCUCGGUCAGCUCCACCAGGGAAACCCAGCCGGACUCCGCCUGGCCCAAGGCUGCAGUCGUCUCCAGACGCUCUUUCCAGACGCUCUUUCCUCAGAGCCGAUGAGCCCGAACACCAAUAAACCCAACAAAAACCUGCUUGUGGUCAUGAGGAGAAACUGAUCUGUGCUUAGGGCUAUCAUGUAUUGGUAGAGCUUCACACUCGGGAACUCUGGUAGCUUGAGUUGGGCUGGGCGGCUGUGUUCCUACAAGAGAGAAAUACCAGGGGCUUUGGUGUGACCCAGGCCAUUCAGUGUGCCUUGAUUUGGAUGACAUACUGGGAAACCCAGACGUCAGCCCAGGUGCUCACGUUAUCCUGAAGGAGAAAUUAUAGCCAACUGGUUCUAACCUUUGCUGAGACCUAAACUCACUCAUUCUACUCUGACACCCAAGGAGCUCCUGGGAUAUGACAGGCGGAAGGUGCCUCUUGAAAUGGAUAGUCUGUUUCAGUUAAGCAUAUCUCAUGUACGCUGUGGACAGUAUUUGUCCCCGGCCCUGCAAAAAUCUUUGUCCAGAUUCCCUUUCAACAAGUUUCAAAUGACCUCCUUUCUUGUCUAGCCAGUUGUCUGAUUCUACUCAUGAGCUCCCGUAAUCUCCCCUUAAGUAAGAGAAAGUGGUCAUUUUUUCUGUGCCUUGUGAGCAACGGUGCGCAUGACCACUGUGCUGUCUGGCUGUGGCCACUGUCUUGGCUUCUGGGAUAUCAGAGCAGCCUGGACUACCUGUAAUGCCAGGGGGCUUGGGCUACUGCCAGAGGACACCAUGUGUGCUUGUGUGUACAGGUAUGAGCAAGGAAUGCGUCACCUGGUGGAAGGGUAUUAGGAGUAGAAGGGAGGUGUGACAUACCUUAUUUGUCAGGUGGAAGGUGUGUAUUCCUCAACUGCUCAAAUGGAUUAACAUGUUUACCGCAUCCACUGCUUUCUUUUCAAAACUUAAUUAGUAUUUUGUUUGUAAUACCAGAUAUUUUUAAGGCAAUAAAAUUUGUCAGAGUGGGACUGGA